AUGUCCACGGCAACACAUAACGGAGUGGGCCCGGUGCCCGGCCUAGAGAGUGGGAGCAUCUCCCCUCGCACACCAGCACUGCCUAAAACGGUGCAGUUCAUCCUCGUCUUCAAGGACAACACGCAUCGCGCGCGCUUACCGUUGCGUGUUUCCAUCUGGCCCCAUGACUCAACAGACUCCAUCAUUACCACAGUCAAAAACUUCUAUGGCAUCUAUUCGGGGCCUGGCUUCUCGAAGGGUGUCAGUUUCGAAGAUGAGAAAGGUAACAUCCUCAUCGCGCGAUAUGAGAACUUCACAGAUGGUAUGAUGGUCUUUGUUCGCAUCAUUGACCAGCCCAUCGAGCCUGAGCUCUACAGCCCCACGUCGGGCCCCAUGUAUGGCAUUGACCCGCUUUCCAAGCCGUCAGAAUCGGAUCGGGCUCGCACAUCGCGAUUGCGCAGCCCGUCUCCCAACGGCAGCGGGCGGGGUCGUCGCAGCACGCCAGCUGAGACGAACUCGACGAACGGCAACAGCAAGAAGGGCCGCUCGCGGUCCUCGAAAAACCGUGGUCCCCAGAACGAGGACGGCAACGCCGACAGCGCCAAUGGCUACACCAGCGGCGACAAUGCGCCCAAAUCCUCGUCGGGGAGAAAGGAGCAGCUUCCUCCUGCCGACAUCACUAUCGAGAAUAUUGUUGAGGGUGGUCGGCGCAAGCGCGCAAAGUUUGAAAGCUCGGAACUGCCUCUCUUUGCCCCUCCUCAGAUGCCUGCCGUGACCUCGAAUCCAUCCGUUUCCCCUGUUCGCCGGUUUGAAGCCAGACACUCUCUUCCCUACAUCCAAACAGGCCAGAACCCGUUCAGCACGCCCAGACCACCGCUUACCUCUCCGCAGUCGUACAACCCCUCGUACUCCGGCUCUGCACCGUACAAUCCAGCGAAUACUGAUAGCCGCCGCAGUCGCGGAAGCUUCGGGUAUCCCUCUGGCCAAGGCAUGGGCCCGGGUAUGCAAUUCGUUCCCACUCCGGAACCCACUGUCGGAAGCUGUAUGUCUGAGGAGGAUAAGGACGUCGCCAUACAGCUGAUGCGCCUGGGUGAGAUGUCCAAUCACGGACGCGCAUCCGCAUCGACUGUCGACGACGGUUUCAGCGGUCGGGCCGACGCCUCUUCUACUGGCGCUACGAGCGACGCUGAGAGUCUUGCCCCCGAGGACAUGCAUGCCGGUCAGAGGCAGAAGCUCGACGCUAUGGGCAAUCACAAGAAGAUUUUCAACAACACAGACGGCACCUUCCAUGCCGAGGCGAGCGGUGAUGAGGCCGACGACUCUGAUGUCGACGACUCGUUGCCGCCCUCGGUCGUGAAGAAGCCUAAGGCUACCGGCCUCAACGGUACGGGUAGGGCCAGGUCGAUGCCUGCCAACAAGGCCAAGACUACCAAGACUGCGAAGCCCAAGCUCAAGAAGGCGCCCGCUGCUGUCGGCCCCAUGUCUCCGGCCUCGCUCCCCGCAUCCCGCAAGCAGUCCAUCAACUCCAACGCCGCCUUCCCUCUGCCCCUUGGCGAGGAAGAGACCCCCGACCUCUCGACCAAGCCCCGCUGCCAGCGCUGCCGCAAGAGCAAGAAAGGCUGCGACAGACAGCGUCCUUGUGGUCGCUGCCGCGAUGCCGGUAUCCCCGCCGAUCAGUGCAUCUCGGAAGAUGAGGGCAACGGUCGCAAGGGCCGGUAUGGUCGUCACAUGGGUGUGCCCAUCAAGAGGGAGGAUAUGCCCCCUCCGGCGACGGCGCCGACCGCCGCGGUUAUGACCGGUGCGACCACCGCAGCUAUGCUGCUGCCUGCGGCGCCGAUUGCUCCCGCGUCAGCUAUUGCUGGCCUGGCUUCCCCGAGCGCGGCUGGUAAGGAUAAGAAGCGCAAAAGGUAG